AUGAAUUUAUACACACCCGCUGGUGGUUUGUUCGAAACCCAUGUGACUUGGGAGGAUAUUGAGGAGGACAUGCAAAGGGAGUUAGACACUAUUGCAUCGUUUGGACCCAAAAAAAUUGCUAAAAAUAUCGGAGACGGUAAUGGUUUCAUGUCCAGGAUUAUCCUUAUUGACCCAGACUGGCAACACAAGGACCGAGAUCUACCGGAGAAAUUCGUUGUAAAAAUCCUCACUCAACUGACACUGCAACAGUUUACGGAAAACGUUUCUAAGGAAAACAACAUCGGAAACAAUUUCACCAGUGAACACAUGAGGGCUGCCAUCGACUACCGACAGAAGCUGGCUCACAAUACCGAAGUCACAGUCUAUGAUCACCUACGGAAUCUUCCCGAAGGAAAGGUCCCACAUCCAAAGAUCUAUUACAUGAGAAAAUUCUCGGAAUACAACCAAAUCAAAGGAUACAUAAUCAUGGAUUAUGCGGAUAAUGUUAAGACAUUUCCAAUUUAUCAAAAUAUCAAGCCAAAUGUGAUUAAAGAGAUACUCCAUUCCAAAGCUGCUUUCGAGCUCAUGUCUCUGAAGUUUACUCGGGAGGAAAAGGAGAUGUUUACUGAAAACCCCUUCACAGAACGUUUUGCGAUAUUAUACACAGAAGAGACCAUUCGAAGCACCGUAGCUCUGUUUCGACUCUUUAUUGGAGACAAACUGACGGAUAAAGCUGAUAAGAUGGAGCAGAUUCUCUCAGAUCUCGUGGAUUUGCCCUGGGUGGACCAAUUAGCAGAUGAGAUAGGGAUGCAACGUGUGUUGUGUCAUGGAGAUUUGUGGUCGUCGAAUAUCCUCUGGAGAGGAAGAGGAGAAGAUGUCAGACUGGUCGCUUUGAUCGACUAUCAGGUAUUAGUGGGUGGAAAAGACCGACAAAAGCAUUGGGAGCAGCUCCUAGAAGAAUUCUACAAUUAUCUAAGAGAAGAAGCCGGUGACAUAAAAAUACCGUACACUCUCGAUCAGCUCAAAGAAUCAUAUCGACGAUUCUUGCCACUAGGUGCAUUUAUUGUUCUAACUAUGAUUCCACUUCUCAUUGAAUCCGUAAACAAGAUCUCCGAUGAAGAGGAAAAGAGAAAGAACAUGGAUGCCGCAAUGGAAAAAACAGAAUGUCUAUUGGAUGACAUACUUCACUACCAUGAGCGGAAUAUGAAGUUGAGGAAGGGAGAACAAGACUCCUCCUAUCAUACUAUCCGAUACAGCACACAAUACGAAAAGAAGAAAACUCUGUGGGAACUUGUUUACGUUCGACUAUUUGAUCUAGUGAUCAACAGCGUUUUAGAAGUGUGGACUAUUCUAUGCGGCCAUAGCUACCGGAUAGCGGUUAACUGCCUAACCGUUUCCAAUUCAGUGUUUUGCUACAAUACUGAAGUACAAGAAAACUCGCUGAUAAUGCUCGGAAACUUGCGAUCUUGCUUAAUUAAGACAAAUAUCAACACUAUUGGCUCGAAAGUACUAGCAUGUCGGACCAAACAUGGAAGUGCACAAGCGUACGAUCUAUCAAAUCCACAUACAUUAGCACUACACAAACUGUAUCGUAUCGAAAGAACAACUCCUCGUCAGAAAGGCUAUGAGCUCCUGAAAAAUCCUCGUCUUAACAAGGGGUUGGCAUUUUCGCUGAAAGAGCGUCAUCAUCUCGGGAUUCAUGGAUUGCUUCCACCGGCAUUUAUGACAAUUCAGCAACAAGUCUACAGAGUAAUGAAGAGAAUUCGCGAACAACCUGACAAUCUUUCUAAGUAUAUUAUACUGGAUGAACUGCAGAAUCGAUGUGAAAGAUUAUUUUAUCGGGUUUUAUCCGAAAAUGUUAAAGAGCUCAUGCCUAUUGUGUACACACCAACAGUUGGUUUGGCUUGCCAGAAAUUCGGCUCAAUCUUCCGUCGUCCAAAAGGAGUGUACAUCACUAUUAACGACAACAGCAUUAGCAAAAUCUAUCAGAUUCUAUCCAAUUGGCCCGAAAGAAAUGUUAAGGCUAUCGUUGUCACUGACGGUGAACGAAUUCUUGGCCUUGGAGACUUAGGAGCGAACGGUAUGGGAAUUCCCAUAGGAAAACUUGCUCUGUAUGUGGCACUAGCAGGCGUACAACCAUCAUGGUGUUUACCAGUGCUUAUAGAUGCGGGGACUAAUAAUCAGAAAAAUCUCGAAGAUCCUCUUUACAUUGGCAUUAGACGAAAACGUGUCCGUGGCGAGGAAUACGACCAGCUUAUUGAUAACUUUAUGAAGGCUGUAUCAAAACGAUUUGGGCGAGGCACACUUGUCCAAUUUGAAGAUUUUGCAUUUCAAAACGCAUACAGGCUUUUGGACAAAUAUAGAGAAGAUUAUUGCGUUUUUAAUGACGAUAUUCAAGGAACCGCAGCUGUUAUCGUGGCUGGACUAAUCGCAUCCACUAGAAUUACGAAAAAACCGCUGCACGAACAAAAAUUCCUCUUUCAUGGAGCUGGAGCCGCUGGACUAGGAAUAGCUGAACUUAUGGUGAUGCACAUGAUCGAGGAAGGUGCCACAGAGGAGCAAGCUUGUAACAAUAUCGUCAUGAAUGACGCAGGUGGACUAGUAACGAAAAAACGGGCUCAGUCAAUGACAACUAGGCAUAGGAGAUUUGCUAAGGAUAUGAAUGAAAUGAACAAUCUGAUGGAAAUUGUAAAAGCGGUGAAGCCUAAUGGCAUUAUCGGAGUUUCUACGCAAGGUGGGGCAUUCACUCCGGAAAUCAUUAAGGAGAUGAGCAAAAAUAAUGAACGUCCAAUUAUAUUCGCUUUAUCAAAUCCAACAAUAAAAGCGGAAUGUACGGCAAAAGAUGCGAUUGAGCACUCCAACGGAACAGUGCUUUUCGCGUCCGGCUCUCCAUUCGACGACGUCGAAUUCAACGGUAAACACUUCCAACCGGGACAGGGAAACAAUUCGUACAUCUUUCCCGGGAUCGGUUUAUCUUUAGUACUAUGGAAGGCGAGAAAAGUUCCCGAGAUAGUAUUUCUUAUCGCUGCCAGGACAUGCGCAAAAAUGGUAUCUGAUAAAGCGCUACACACAUACGGAAGGCUUUAUCCACGAGUAGAGAAUAUUCGUGAACUAUCUGUACAAAUUGCAAUUGACGUUGGAGAAUAUUUAUACAAAGAAAAUUUGGCUAUGCUUUAUCCGAAACCAGAAAAUAUGGAGAUGUGGCCCGAACAGGAUAGCAAACGAGGAUAUCCAGUUCCAAAGAUGAGUGGUCAGACAACCACCGAAGACGAGUGA